AUGGAGGCCAAUGGAAUCAAGCAUCAACUGACUCCACCCUACCAUCCUGCAUCUAAUGGACAGGUAGAGCGAAUGGUACAAGAGUUGAAAAAGAGCUUGAAGGGCAAAACUCCUGCCGAACUGUUGAUCAAACGAAUACCAAGAGCCAAGUUAUCUUUGUUGCGCCCAGAGGUAAGUGACAUUGACAGAGAUGAGCAGAGAAUCAAGUUCGAGGAAGCUAACAAACUGUCAAGAAAACUGGAUCCUGGUUGUAAAGUCAGUGUGUGGAAUCCACGUCAAGAUAGUCGUGGUAGGUGGUUGGUGAGAACCGUUGAACAACAGCUAGGACCAAACAACUAUUUAGUGAAUGUAGAAGGACAUUUCAGGUACGUGCAUAUAGACCAAAUGCGGUGGAGAGAUCAACAGAGUGUACCAGAAACAGCUGAUGUAAGCGUACCAGAGAUAGAGGUGGAAGAGAUACCAGUACCAGUCAUUCCUGUGAAAGAGACAGGACAAGUAGUUGAAAUUCAAUCUACUGAACACAAGGACCAAGGUGAGGAGACUACCUUGAUCUCCAAGGAAAUGUUAUCACCUCCAGAAUACCACGAGAUUGAGACUCCCAGACGAUAUCCAAAGAGACAAAACAGACAACCACCAGCAAGAUAUCGUGAACAAUAG